ACGCAUUGCAUUACCACAACGACAGCACGAACAAGAGAAGCGCAGGCAGGACAAGAAGCUAGCACCAGCAGUAGCACACACGCGACAACCAAGACGGAAUGGGCCUCUGUGUGUCGUACGACGCGGCGACCGACGGCCCGGCGACCGCGAGGGUGGUGCUCCCCAGCGGCGAGCUCCGGGAGUACUCGCCGCCCGCAACAGCCGCGCUGGCGCUGGAGGAGGUGGGCCAGCAGGGGUGGUUCCUCUGCGACGCCGGCAGGAUGGGGUUCGCGGGCUCCGUCGCGGCGAUGGCCGCCGGUGAGCAGCUCCAGCCGGGGCAGAUCUACUUCGUGCUCCCCGCAGAGAUGCUGCGCCGUUGCCUUACAGGCGAGGAGGUGGCCUCGCUCGCCGUCAAGGCCAGUGCCGCCCUCGUCAAGGCCGCCACCGCCUCGUCAGCCGGUGGCCGGCGCCGGCGGGGCUCGGUGACGCCGCUUGUGUUCACGCCAUCCGAGGAGGACUACUCUGACGAAACCUUGGCGAAGUUUGCAGUGAAGACGGCGGUGCCGCAGAAGCGGAGGGUGGCCUACCGAGGCGGGAGGUCGCCGCCGCGGUUCUCGCCCGACUUAACCGCCAUUUUGGAGAGCGAGUAGAGGUGCAGGGCACACGAGACUGACAGAAAAAGUAGGGGCGCAUUUUGGAGAGCGAGUAGGGGCGAAUUUUUGCACAUAGCCCUGCCCCGCCUAGCCGCGAGAGAUGCGUGUUUCCGGCCGCUGAUGUUAGAUCGGACGGCGGAGAUAGACGCGGCAAAUGAUCUGUGGAUUAGUUUGUCAAGUUGGGUGGUAGAAGCAGUCGUGUUUCACUGUCUUGGUGGGAGAGUGGCAAUGGAGCGGACGAGCUCGCUUGCUCCUGGAUUCUGGACCAAUGGCACAAGGUCACUUGGUGACAAUAACUACGGGCGGUGUAAAUACUAAUUGAUGUAUGGCAGCGGAAAGGUGCAGAUACGUGUGUGAGCCACUAUGUACGUCUUGACGGAGUAAGCCGAUGCCGUGACGGAUGCCGUGAUCGCAACAGCUAAGUAACGAUGACGUGCCAUUAAUACAGGACGCCUGCACUCCCUGCACGACAUGUGAUUGUGCAUGGUAAAAACUGUUGCCAUGCUACAAACUCUAUGCAAUUUGCUUACAAUUAUUUUCAAUGGAUGUAACACUAGCAUGGUCCAGAAACGCGAUUUGCCAUCGCUCGAAAUUUUGAAUUUACAAAUUGAAUGUA